ACAAAAUUUAAAGUUCAGUCAACAAAAGUCGACGACGUUUUACAUUAGGUGUCUUCUAAUUUUCCCCUUCGAUCUAUUUAUAUACGAAGAAAAACUUAAAAUCGUCUAGUCCUCGAUAAGAAAUAGUUUGAAAAACUCAAAGAAGAAAGAAACAAUGAACUGUUGUUAUCUACGAGCUGGAAGACGAAUCGGAAACCUGUAUAGCAUCUAUGGAAAGGUCAUUAGUAGAAAUCCAAUACCUACGAUUAUUUUAUCGGUUUUUCUAAAUGCCCUAUUGGGAAUAAAUAUCAAAUGGAUGCAGGUAUUUGAUGAUUAUGACACAUCUUAUCUUCCACGUCAUAGUGAGGCAAAUAUGGAUGCACAGAAAGUAAAAUCCUUCCUAACUAAUAGCGAUUUUGAUGAUAUGUUUUGCCAUCAGCUAAAUGGUGAUGAAAUAUACGGAAGUGUGGUGUUCAGCGUGGAUGACAAUAUUAUUGCAAAAAGUUUCAAAAAUGAAAUUUCGAAAUUCCAUAAAACAGCCAUGAACAUUCAAGUCAAGUCGUCAGAUAUGAAAAUUCAUACUAUUGAAGAUUUUUGUGUCAAAAACAAUGGCAAAUGUUUCAUUCUAGGGUCAUGGUAUCUUGAGGACUAUUUCUGGGAUCAUUUUGAAGCGAAUAACAUAACGUAUCCAUACUUCAAAGAUCAGAAAGGGAUUAUUCAUAUGAGUUAUCAACAAUUUGGAAAAGUUACAGUUCGAAAUGGAGUACUUAAAUCAGCAGGAUCGCUUCGAAUGACAUACUAUUUGAAGCAGGACACGUCAGUAAACAAGGAUUUAUCAGUUCAGUGGUCGAAACAAUUUGUUCAUGAUCUGUUACAGUUAAAGAACAAUACAAUUAAAUUUAUAGUAUCUAACUCCGAAACCAUGGCAACUGAUAUUGGUAGAAAUACAGUUUGGGAUCCACAAUUCUUUGUCGUGGUAUUCCUUGCGAUGGCAAUGUAUUCAUUUUUAGCUACUGUCAGCGGGAAUUGUUUAACUCAACGAGGUCUCCUUGGAAUCGCUGGUGUUCUUUCAACUGUCAUAUCCAUACUUGGUGCAUCUGGUUUCUGUGCUGUUAUAGGAGUGGAAUAUGUUAACAUUGGCAGUAUCAUGCCUUUUAUAAUCCUUGGAAUAGGACUAUACAACCUGUUUGUUCUCCUCUCUGGUCUUAACCGAGCUCCUGUAAAGGGAGCAGUAGAGGAGAGAAUCGGCAGUGCAAUGAGAGAUACCGGGGUCUCCAUUACUAUUUCUUCUCUGACAGAUAUUACGGCUUUGCUGAUAGGUGCUUUGAUGACAGAUCUCACAGUCAUUCGAAAUUUUUGUUUUUUUACAGGCUCGGCAGUUUUCCUAUGCUUCUUCAACCAAAUGACUUUUGUCCUAGCCUGUGCAGUUUUACACGAGAGACGAGUGGCCGGUUCCAUGCAUUGCAUUACCUGUCAGACUGUCUAUACUGCUGAGCAGAUGAAAACGGCUCAUUAUAGAAACAAAUUGACAAUAGUCUGCUGUAGUGGCCACGAACCUGAAAAGUCAGAUGAUCUCCAAAGUUAUGUCGAAAUGCUUCCAGCUAGAACAUUACCCAAAUGUUUACUUAACAUACCAGUUAAGGUUAUUAUUCUCUUCCUUUACUUGGGGUAUAUUACAUUUUCUAUCUGGAGUACAACGAAUCUUGGAGUAGGGUCUCAAUUUACCGAUGUGCUUCGUCAAGACUCGAUUUCUUAUCAAUUUAACAACAUUGAAAAGGAGAACUUUGGAAUGACAACAAUAGUGUCGUUUAAUAUACAAGGUCACCUUGAUUAUAGCCGUUCUGAUGUACACUUAAAAGUAGACGACAUGCUUCAAUCUGCCAAAAAAAAUACUUUUUUUGACAAGAAGUUUGAAAUCAAUUGGCUUAAAGAAUUUAACGACUCGUACUUAAACGAAAAUAUUACUGAGAUCGAAUUUAUUGAGAAACUACAUUUAUUUGUUAAAAACAAUCCGAUGUUCAAAAAUGAUAUUGUUUUCGACAGCAACAAAACACAUGUUUUAUUUUCAAGAUUCUAUGUGAUGACGAAUGAUAUAAAAAGUCCUAGAGACCAAAAGCUGCUGUUGGAAGAAUCGCGCAUAAUAGCAAGAAAUUCAUCUCUUAAUGUCCUACCGUUUAGCACUCAAUUUGUAUAUUUUGAACAAAAUGAAUCGGUUCUUUCCAAAGCAAUCUUGCAAAUCGGCUUCACUUUCGCAGCAUGCACAUUAGUUUCAUUUAUAUUGAUACUCGAUCCAAUAUUGAUUGUGUUUCUGGUUUUGACUGUUGCUUCAAUCAUAGUGGGAGUCUUCAGUCUAAUGUCAAUCUGGAAUCUAAAUCUAAAUUUAUUCACAAUAGUUUACGUCAUAAUAUGUACAGGAUUUUCCUUUAACUUCGUUGCCUAUUUCUGCAAGUCUUUUAUACAUUCUCAAAGAUUUGACAGGCAGGGUAAAGUUAAUGAUGCUAUCAUACAAACUAGCGGUACGAUUAUUAAUUCAGCAAUUUCUACAGUGAUAAGUAUUGUCAUCCUACUGUUUUCACGGUCCGAAAUAUUCACAUCGUUUUUCAAAAUUGUCUUGUUUGUUAUCCUUUUGAGUGUUUUCCAUACGAUUUUUGUUCUGCCAGUCAUAUUAUCGGUAACUGGACCAAUACAUGACAAUAUGGAAAUGAAGUCAAAUCAAAGAACUUCAUCUCGGACACCAUUAUUUCCGUCUCGAUCUGCAGCCACGUGGUCUAUUACAUCCGGUGGUGUGAAUGCUCUAGAUAAUAAUUUCAAACGGCUAAAGCUUGUUUCCGAAGAGAAGGUACACUGACACAUUCAAAUUCUCGGUACCUUGUUAUGAUUUUACUAAGCUAUCUAUAAUACUGAUUUUUUCUUGUAAAAACUUUCUUGUUAUGCUUGCGUUAUAUGUAUUAAACUAUCACUACUAUUAAA